UCCCGUCAUUCUUCUGUUUAUAUUGUUACUGAGUCAAAAAUGGCGGACACCAGUAACCCCAGUGGCCAGAAUCUUGGAUUCACAGAGAAAUUAAAAACGUGGCUUUCCUGGUCAUGGACCUACAUCUGGGCUCUUUGGUUCGCGAUGGUUUUAGUUCUCAUCUACGUGCUGCGGAGUCCACUGAAGCUCCAGGAAACGCUGUCAACAGCUUCUGUCUUCCUGAACACACUGACGCCUAAAUUUUAUGUGGCACUCACUGGAACCUCAUCGCUAAUUUCUGGCCUCAUUUUGAUAUUUGAAUGGUGGUACUUCCAAAAGUAUGGAACCUCAUUUAUUGAGCAGGUCUCUGUCAGCCACUUGCGCCCUCUGCUGGGUGGAAUGGAAAAUAGCAGCUCGGCAGGCUUGUUCUCAGCGAAUGGAGAUGCGGAAUCUAGACAGAGUGUUUCAGAAUGCAAAGUCUGGAGGAACCCGUUAAACUUAUUCAGAGGAUCAGAGUACAGCAGGUAUACCUGGGUCACUGGGAAGGAACCACUGACAUACUAUGACAUGAACCUGUCCGCACAAGACCAUCAAACAUUCUUCACCUGUGACACACAGCAGCUUAAACCUGAGGAUGUAGUGAUGCAGAAAGCCUGGAGAGAGCGAAACCCCCAGGCCCGGAUCAAGGCUGCGUACCAGGCCAUUGAGCUGAAUAAGGAGUGCGCCUCGGCAUACGUGCUGCUGGCGGAGGAGGAGGCCACCACGAUUACGGAGGCCGAGCGACUCCUCAAGCAGGCCCUCAGGAGCGCUGGAAAAGACACCAACGUGCUGGCCUACAUCAAGCGCAGGCUGGCGAUGUGCGCACGCAAACUGGGCAGAGUCAAAGACGCCGUGAAGAUGAUACGAGAAUUAAUGAAAGAGUUUCCUCUCCUGGGAAUGUUAAAUAUCCAUGAAAAUUUACUAGAAGCACUCCUGGAGAUGCAAGCCUAUGCAGAUGUGCAAGCUGUCCUUGCAAAAUAUGAUGACAUCAGCUUGCCAAAGUCAGCAACUAUAUGCUACACAUCAGCGCUGCUCAAAGCGCGAGCCGUCUCAGACAAAUUCUCCCCAGAGGCAGCGUCACGGAGGGGCCUCAGCACAGCAGAGAUGAAUGCAGUGGAGGCUAUCCACAGGGCCGUGGAAUUCAACCCGCACGUGCCAAAGUACUUGUUAGAGAUGAAGAGCCUAAUCUUGCCCCCAGAGCAUAUCUUGAAGCGGGGGGACAGUGAGGCAGUGGCGUAUGCCUUCUUCCACAUGCAGCACUGGAAGAGAGUCGAAGGAGCCUUAAACCUUCUCCACUGCACUUGGGAGGGAACCUUUCGGAUGAUCCCCUAUCCGCUGGAGAAGGGGCACCUGUUUUAUCCCUACCCUGGCUGCACAGAGACAGCAGACCGGGAACUUCUGCCUUCGUUCCAUGAGGUGUCAGUGUACCCAAAGAAGGAGUUACCCUUCUUCAUCCUCUUCACGGCCGGACUGUGCUCCUUCACCGCCAUGCUGGCCAUGCUCACACACCAGUUCCCAGAGCUCAUGGGUGUCUUCGCAAAAGCGAGGCUCGGAGUGCAGAAGCAACAGGAAGUACCUGUUCAAGGACCAAAUGUGGAAUUAAAAAACAUAAUGGCAGCAGAGAGUCUGAAUCUAGUCUCAGGAAAUGAGCAAGGCUGGAGCAAAUAUACUGUAGUGUAUGUUUGUUAUGAAUGUGAAAUGAAUGUGAAUAUAAGCUAUACAUCUCAUAAGCCCCUUAUGUCAUGUAAGGCUUCAUGACCUCAUACAGCCUGUUCUGUUUCUACAUCAGAGUUUGAUGCUUUUAUCUGAGAUGUAUACAUUUAACAUUUAUAUAUUGCUUUUAUAGGUAAUUAGAGAUCGACAGACUGUGUUAGGCAAAGAAGGAGUACUUCCUAGUGUGUCAGGGGGGGCCUUGAUAUCCGUAAAUCGCCAAGUAGAAUAGUAGCUGACAGAGUUAGGGACAGGUUUAUAAAACAAAAGGUUGUUUCCCUGUUCUUGGCCAUUCUAGAAGAAUUUCAGUAGGUGCGUGUGAAGAUUUUAUCUUCCAUACUGCCGCUGACAGGGUUAUUUUGUGCUGUUACUGAGUGUGAGUUUUAUAUCUUUCUCCUGCACACAGCAUGUUCUUGUAAGUACUGUAGGUAUUUUUUGUAUCUCCUGGUUUUUGAUGGCAUGGAUCUGUGAUGCCCUUAUAAGGCAAGUAAAUGAAAGUGGUGUGAAAUUAUUUUGGAUGUGAAAUAGUAGAAGUGUUAGUUUGAUGAAGUAUGGGGGGGCGGGGACAGAAGGCUGGCAGCACUUGGGCACCCCCAGGAAGGACACCCUACAGAUGGCAUAUAGAGACUCCAGUCGUGUUUCCCCUUGGACGUGUGUGUAAUGAAUGACUCAUGGGAGUUUUAUUAACAGAAAAAUGUUUGGAGAACAGAAAGAAAAAUGAUUGGUUCAGAUUGUAGAGGAGCUGGGUCCAAGCAAUGAGAGGAGGUGGGGCCAACCAAUCAGAUGUCUAUGUCUUGGUCCCACCUCUUCUAGUUGCUUGCACCCGUUUUCUUUGCAAUCUGAUUGGUUAUCUCUGAUUUUUCGGUCUGCCCUGGGUAAGUAAAACUCCCGUAAGCUAAAGGGUGCCUUU